AUGUCCUGGAUACUUGACGAUGACAUUGAGAAACUCUUCUCCGGAGCUCCCCAGUAUUUUGCCCGCAGCGAGAGCUACUUCCCCGGCGCGCCUCACCCCAGCGUAGCCUUUCCGUUUGACGAGGAGCUCGAGAUCCGCGACCUGACGGACCAUGUCCAGAUCGAGUCCAAGGCCUGGAGCGGCGUCACCGUCUGGCCGCACCUCACCCGGGACGUCGACCACGACCCCGAGGCCAAGAAGGAGGCCGAGGAGACGCGCAGGGCCCAUUUCCACGUGCGCUGCGCCGAGCGGCCCAACAUGCUCAGCAUGCAGGGCCUCGAAAAGGGCACCAUGGGCUACCAGGCCGCCCUCGAGCUCGCCGUCAGCGACUCGCUCGAGGAGGAGCAGUUUGGCUUCGAGAGCCUCGGCACAAAGGCCCGCGCCGUCGUCGAGGCCCGCGAGCGCAUGCUCUCCCGCGAUGGCUGGCUGCACCGCCUGCCCCAGACCGAGCUGCUGGACCGGCUCAAGCGCAACGCCGACGUCUACCGCAACAACAAUCUCCGCAAGAAGCCGUCGCUGGAAACCUACAACGACCUUUUUCACGUCCUCAUGAGGCCCAACAAGAUGGUCAUUGUCGACAAGAAGGACCCUCACAGCCUCGCCAACCAGAUCAGUGCCCUCCUCAAGUGCCUGGGAGCUCCCAAUGUCUGGAUCGACCUGUCGCAUGUCGAGUGGCGCGUUCGCCUCGGCCAGAUCCUCUGGGGCACGCCGCACGGCGACGAGCUGGACGACGAUACCGCAAUCGUCGACGCAGAGAGCGCUGCCGAGAGGGCCGAGGAAAAGUACUGGCUGCUGCUGCAGAUUCUGGUGUCGUCCGAGUUGCUCGUCCGCCUCGACGCAAUCACGGACGGCGAAGAGUACGGGCAAGCAAGCUUCAGGGCCAUUGACGUAGUCCAGUUCGAGAGAGCCGCGAAUGCUUCCGUCAAGUGGUCGCUGCUCUUGGCCCGCAGCUGGUUGAAGAAUAUCGAGAUUGUGCGCGAGGAACAUGCAUCGCCCGUGCAGCCAGAGGUCCGGCGUGGAAGCAGCGGCAUUGCGCCCGGGUGGCUGGCGUCUCUGGCCAGCAAGAUUUCUCUCCACGACCAGCACAAGCACGGAAACCGGCCGCCGUCGCCGCCUCACUUUUACACCAUUCGAGGCAGAUUCGGUCAGCGCCAGGUCGAGGGCCUGACUCACUUUGCCAGGAAGCUCCAGUGGCCGGGCAUCGACGCCUACGAGAGACGCAUUUCGGAGAGCGUACGUAAGAUGACAGCCCCGUCGUCUCUUAUGCCGCCGACGCCCACACCCUUGAAGAAGGUGCCGGAGCAGGACUCGUACUUUGGCGCUUGGGACGUGACAUGCCAGCGCGGACACCAUAAGGAGCGAGCCCACGCCAGGCGCCGCCGGAUGGCCGCGGCGCUGCACGAGUCCGGCUGGCUCUCCAAGUCGUACGUCUUUGGGUUGAUGAUGCCGGGUGAUGCCGUGAGCCACUUUCUCAUGGCGACGCUGCUGGAGAACGAUAGUGAGGCCCUCUCCAGGAUCGGGUCAUUUGCCAACCUCAGCAGCGGCUUUGUGUACCACGAAAAGAGUUUCUGGAGCACGUCGUGCAUUGUUGGCAGAGUCCUGGCCGCCGGGAAAGGGUCCGCCGAGUGCAUGGGAUGGAUUUCGACGGAUAUAGUUCCCGAGGGAGUAAACGAGGGAUGGAUCAAUAUCGAUGUUCACGAUGUCGCCUCCGACAUCGCGCAGCUUGGAAAGAAGGCCAGGCUCUGGGGCAAGAAGCGAAUUGAGCGCGAGUCGUCCAUCCUUGGAAAUGGCCAAGAGGAGUCUAUCCUGCCCGCAGAUUUCAUCAUGCCUCACGAGAACAACUACUUGUCGUCUCCCCCGGGGGUAAUUAUCGAGUUGCAGUCGCUGGAGCUGGGCACGCCGAUAGCAGAGUGCGUCCACCCGACGCCUCUGGCAGAAAUCGUCGUGACUCCCAUCCAUGAGAACCAUCGGGCUCCGGAUCUGCCUUCGUAUCCAGCCAAGAUCAACUUUUUCGUCUCCAUCGACGGAGAGAAGACGGAAACGGCCUCCUUUUCGCUGCUGUACGACAUCAACUUUGUCACGGCACACCCGUGCUCCCCUUCUUCGCGGGUCAGGGUUCUGAAGAGCCCGUCGAGCCCGACACUGCGACAGAUUGACUUUGACGGCUCCCAGACGCUGGGUGUCGGGUCUCGGUCCAUGUACCGAGCAGGCCAUCCCUUGCACAAGUAUUACAACUACACGGUUAUUCACAUCUCGGAGCUCCUGCAGAGACGAAACGCUGAGCUGUCGGAUCUCCUCACGCCGCCCAACGUGCAAGCUGCUCCGAACCAAGUGCUGGUGAUUGACUGCAUCACCAGUUUUUCCUCGGCGCCGCAGUCGCCCGUGCUGGAUCGCCUGGAGUCGCCUGGCAGUUCGCCUAUUGAGCGAAAGGGCAGCUUCUCCGCCGCGGCCAAGAUGCACUUUGAGUCGCGGAAGCGCCAGUUUGGAUCCGACAUGGAGAUUCUCAUCCGGGCCCUGUGUUCGGAGAAGGGUUGGAACGCCAUCAUCAGCAGGAGGAAGCGAGGGUGCCUGGCCUGCGCAAUCCGCGAGGCUGGCGCUCUGGGCUGGAAAGUCAUUAUCCGAGUGCCAUGAGCGUCUGCAUUUCACAGAGAGAGAA